UGCUCCGGCCUAGGACGCAGUGGGCUGCUGGCGAGCUCCGGCCUAGCACCUCCCCGGUUAUCUGUACAACGGGGUCUCGGCAGCAGAUGGUGGCUGCGAGGAGUGAGCGGAGUCACGUGUGCAGACCGCAUGCGCCCGGCGCCAGAUGUGUUCAGCUUUGGAAAAGAUGCCAACCCCAGCCACCACAUAUGAAAGAAUAGUUUACAAAAACCCCUCUGAGUACCAUUAUAUGAAAGUCUGCCUAGAAUUUCAGGAUCGUGGGGUUGGACUGAAUGCUGCACAGUUCAAACAGCUGCUCAUUUCAGCCUUGAAAGACCUCUUCGGGGAGGUUGAUGCAGCGUUACCCUUGGACGUCCUAACCUACGAAGAGAAGACCCUGUCAGCCAUCUUGAGGAUAUGUAGCAGUGGUCUUGUCAAGUUGUGGAGCUCUUUGACUCUGUUAGGAUCCUAUAAAGGCAAGAAAUGUGCUUUCAGAGUGAUUCAGGUUUCUCCAUUUCUGCUUGCCUUAUCUGGUAAUAGUAGGGAACUAGUAUUGGAUUGAAUAGUCGUCAAUUGCAGAAACAUUCCUCUGCUCUCAAAAGCACCUUUUGGUGACAAUAAGCUGUCUGAAGACUGAAGCCGUUUAAAAGCUCCAGUUGCUGGAAUUUGACAGUGCUGAAGAUGUUCCCAGUAAUUUCCCGCCAUCAUCUGUGGUGGGUUGGGGUUCAGAGGAGAAUCUGCCUGAGCCAACCAGUGGUGAGCCGACAGCGCAUUGAGCAGACACACGUCAGAGUUGGAGACCGGGCUGAACUCAGCAGGGUCUUCACACAGAGGGACGUGGCUGCCUUCUC